CGAGAGCUCCAAGGACCUGGCCGGGUUGAAAUCUCCCCUCACACCCCACGACGCCAAGAGAGCGCGGGGACCUGCGAGCCUCCGCCGACGGCCUCUCUAGCCUCAGCUGCGGCAGCCAUCCCCGCCAGGACUCUCUCCACUAUUCUUGGCUUCUUCUCCUCGAUCCCCAGCUCCGUGUCCCGGAGGAAGCUCACCCCUGGGAGAGCCAGCUGGCAUCAGACCAUGCGCCUGCCGCGGGCAGCUCUGUACCUGGCAGGGCUGCUUUGGGGGAUGGCCCCGAAACCCUGCUCGUUGGCACUGCCCGACGCCCCUUCGGGGCUGACCCCGGGCCCCGGGAGCAGGCCGGGGAGCUCCUCGCUGGGCCCUGGCGUCCCAAGACAGCGUCGGAAGCGCCACAUCUCCGCCCGGGACGUGAUUGCCCUGCUCAAUUUCCACAACCGCGUCCGCGCGGGGGUCUUCCCACCGGCCGCCAACAUGGAGUACAUGGUGUGGGAUGAACAGCUGGCCAAGGUGGCCGAGGCCUGGGCUACCCAGUGCAUCUGGGACCACGGGCCCCCUCAGCUGAUGAGACACGUGGGCCAGAAUCUCUCCUUCCACUCCGGCCGAUUCCGCUCCGUGGUGGAUUUGGUGAAGUCUUGGUCGGAUGAGAAGAAACACUACUCGUUCCCAUGGCCAAGGGAUUGCAAGCCCAGCUGCCCCUCUCAGUGUACCGGCCACGUCUGCACUCACUACACCCAGAUGGUGUGGGCAUCAUCCAACCGGCUGGGCUGCGCCCUCCACACUUGCACCAAUAUGAACAUCUGGGGAAACAACCGGCGCCGGGCCGUGUAUCUGGUAUGCAACUACGCCAUCAAGGGCAACUGGAUCGGCGAGGCCCCGUACAAAGUGGGGAGACCCUGUUCUGCCUGCCCCUCCAAAUACGGAGGCAGAUGUAAGAGUAACAUGUGCUCCGUCGACCUCAAAUCCAAACUAGACUCACCUAGUUCUAAAUUCUUCCGAGCCCCAGGGGGGUCCGACCACCGAUAGGACCUGCACGAUCCGGCCAGGGUGGAGAAAAUGACCCCGCGGGCCUCGGCCCAAGGAAGUAGGAGAAUGAUUAAUAAUGAAAGGGGCCACUCAUUGGCCUCUCUUUAGCAUCAAUCAAUCAGGGGAAUUUAUUGAGCAUUUACUACGGGCUGAGCACUGUACUAAGCGUUUGGGAGAGAGUACAGUACGAGAGAGUAAGCAUUCACUGGUGGUUCUGCUUAGGUAGCUUUUAAUCGGUCAAUCGUAUUUAUGAGCGCUUACCGUGUGCAGAGCACUGUACUAAGCACUUGGUAGGGUACAAUACAGCAAUAAACGGACACAUUCCCUGACCCCAGUAAGCUUACAGCCCUUCAGUGAAUCAGUUGCAUUUAUUGAGAGCUUACUGCGUGCAGAGCACUGUACUAAACG